AUGGAUUUCUUUUGUGUAAACAUCCCUGAGAAAAAUUCUAAAGAAGACUUACCUCCAGUAGGAUCCUUCUUGAAUGCAAUUCAUCUUGGCUCGUUAGUAGCAGCACACGGAUAUUUCUUCCCAAUUACGGAUCAUGUAUUGACUUUAAAAGACGACAACACAUUUUAUCGAUUUCAAGCGCCGUAUUUCUGGCCGUCAAAUUGUUGGGAGCCAGAAAAUACAGAUUAUGCGGUUUACCUUUGUAAGAGAACUAUGCAAAACAAGUCCAGGUUAGAGCUAGCUGACUAUGAAGCGGAAAACCUGGCAAAAUUGCAACGAAUGUUUUCUAGAAAGUGGGAAUUUAUCUUCAUGCAAGCCGAAGUACAAGCAAAGGUUGACAAGAAGAGGGACAAAAUGGAGCGAAAGGUUCUGGACAGCCAAGAGAGGGCGUUCUGGGACGUUCAUAGACCUGUACCAGGCUGUGUAAACACUACAGAGAUGGACAUAAAGAAAGUUAGUCGAAUGAACAGGUCGUCCUCGAAAAAGUGUUAUACUGUAACAGACAUGACAGUACAUGAAGAGGAAAUACAGAAACAGGUGGAUAUGCUGAAAGCUCGACUUGAGAAGAGACAGUAUAAAACAUCAAAAGUAGCAGAGUUAUUGGUUUCAUAUUGCCAACAAUAUAAGGAGUACGACGGUUUGAUAUCGACAAUGGAAGCUCCAAACCCUUGGAUAUCGGAUGAAACCGCAUUAUGGGAUGCCAUGAAAACCAAAAGCCUGAAGGAUGUGCCUGCUUGGCGUGUGAAGAAAUGGACGUUUGGUAUCGAUGAACUUCUACGAGAUCCUCUAGGCAGAGAGCAGUUUGCCAAAUUCCUAGAAACAGAAUUCAGUGGAGAAAAUCUCAGGUUCUGGAUUGCUAGUCAAGAACUGAAAGCCUCUCCGAUGAAGAUGUUAAAACAAAAAACACAAGAGAUUUGGAAGGAUUUUUUAUCUCCGGAUGCACCAUGCCCGAUCAACAUUGAUUCACGUGUAAUGGAUGAGACACGGAAACACAUGGAGACAGCCGGACGAUACGCGUUUGAUGCAGCAGAGGACCAUAUCCAUGAAUUAAUGAAGAAAGACAGUUAUCCAAGGUUUCUUAAAUCAGAACAGUACAAGGAGCUUUUAAGUCCAAAGAAAAAGGGGUCAAGUCACUGGGAUAAGACUAAAUCUCUUAUCCCUAAGCUAUCUACACUAGCCAGUCGAAGUGAUGUGGACAAAUGACCAUGAAUACUCGAACACUACAAACUAACCAGCUUCCAAAAUUGUUUGAGUUGUCAUCUAAUCCAACUAUUGAGUGGUAACAGAGGGGAGCAAGAUCAUUCUGGAAUAGCCACCGUGCAUAUAUGUAGAUAACAAUUGUUCCUACGGAUUACUUGGAAGCAAACAGUUAACGGAACAGUAGGCAUAGGUAGAUAUGUUUCAUACGGCCAGAUUGACUGUUACUCAAGGUACAGAAUAGGCUUUGCUCGGCAAUCGCACCUCAGGAAUUAUGAGAACAUUCAAGAGCGAGGUCUUUGCACACCAUGAACUAUGACCUUGGAUUUAUUGCAAAUUGGGCCCUGAUCUGUAUGUGAUAUUGCAUUGUUUACUUGACUCCUGGUCAGCUUUGACAUUGCGUUGUUUGUGAGACUCGCAAUCAACAUGUUAUAUUAUGUUGUUUGUGAGACUCCCGAUCACCAUGUGAUUUUUCGUUUUUUGCGAGACUCACAGUUGCCAUGUUAUAUUGCGUAGUUUGCAAGACUCUAAGCCGCCAUGUGAUAUCGCGUUGUUUGCGAGACUCCCGAUGAGCAAGUGAUAUUGCAUUGUUUGUGAGACUCCCAAUCAAUAUGUGAUAUUGCGUUGUUUGCGAGACUCAACAUAGCCUUGGAAUACUGCAUUGUUUGCCAAAACUAUCAGCAUGUUAUAUUACAUCGUUUGCAAGACUAUUGCUCCAUACAUAAUGUUGCAUUGUUUCGAGAAUCGCGAUGUUGCAUCAUUGUAAGAUUCACGAUCAACAUGUGAUAUUGCAUCCCUUGCGAGUCAUAAUCUCUGCGUAAUAUUGCAUGCUUUGCGACCACCACAACCUGUAGGUGAUAUUGCGCUCAAUAAAGACUUCCAGAUAUUAAGCCUUAAAAAGAAUUUGAAAAGGAAAUAUGAACGCGUUCUGCAUUUAGCAAGAGAGGCUUUUGUUCACGGCUGAAUGCUUGACACCGCUUGCGGACGGAGAUCGCCAUGGAAAUAAGGCCCAGUGCUGCAUAUCGACCAAAUUCGACUUGGGUUUUGACCGUCACGAUUCAGAGUAUAAAGAAGUAGUAGAUAUCAAUUUUAAAAUGCACUUAUCGUAGACCAUAGGAUAAUGUCUAAUUUGAUAGGAGUCGGAAAUAAUGUAGGAAAUCUAUUAAUAAGUCUAGAAUGUAUGAAUUUUGUUGUAUAUUUAUCUCCUCCAUGCCCCCUGUUUAUAUACCAGUGCCCCAUUGUUGGAUAGGAAGUUGAUUGUUAAAAAGGAGAUAUGAAGUCCUAUUCUUUUUUUCUUACUAAAUAAAUUGUAACAUGACUCAUGAUCAAUAAUUUCAAGAAACUGGAAUUAUAUUAGGCUCUUUUCAGACACUUUGUUGUGAUAAUUAGCUUCUCCCAAGUGGCUUCAUGGGAGUCUAGUGAUAUUCAUUCAAUUGACAAUGAAAAACUUAUUUGGCACCCUUAGCAAUUCUGUGUAGUACAUGUAGUAAUACCAAAAAAAAAAAA